AUGGCGGAUCACACCGGCGAGCACGAGAAGCAUCAUGAAACGGAAUCCGUGAUUGAGAAGAUAACGGAAAAGCUUCACGGCCACGAUUCGUCGUCAUCAGAUUCUGAAGAUGAGAAAGGGAUCAAGUCGACUGCCGACGCCGUCAAGGCCAAGAUCUACCGACUUUUCGGCCGUGAAAAGCCCGUGCACAAGGUUCUAGGUGGUGGAAAACCUGCUGACAUUUUCCUGUGGAGAGACAAGAAAAGUUCUGCUGGUGUGCUGGGUGUUGCUACGGCCAUUUGGGUGCUUUUUGAGUUGCUCGAAUACCACCUACUCACACUAUUAGCCCAUAUCCUAAUCCUUGCUCUUGCCAUCCUUUUCCUGUGGUCAAAUAUUUCCACCUUCAUCAAGAAGGCUCCACCUAAAAUCCCGGAAAUCAUAAUUCCUGAGGAUAUUGUCCUGGGUGUAGCUUCUGCCCUUAGGAUUGAACUCAAUAGAGCUCUUGCAAUCCUUCGAGAUAUUGUACGUGGCAGAGAUCUGAAGAAGUUCCUCACUGUGGUUGCCGGUCUUUGGGUACUUUCAGUUUUGGGGAGUUGCUGCAACUCCCUAACCUUGCUCUACAUAUGUCUUGUCUUGCUUCACACCGUGCCUGUACUUUACGAGAAAUAUGAGGAUCAGGUUGAUGCUUUUGCUGAAAAAGUGGAGGCAGAGUUCAAGAAACAAUAUGCUGUGUUCAAUGUCAAGGUUCUGAGUAAAAUUCCCAAAGGCUCCCUGAAAGACAAAAAGCUGGCAUAG